AUGAUUACUGAUCAAUGCCCAGGAAUGUUAUUAUUGAACACUCCAUUAUCCCUUGAUUGCGCAUACCAACAGAAGUUGGGCAAGAAUCAACUAACUGAACUUGUCACCAUCAACUGUGCAUUUGUUGAAGUAGCUUCAUUAGGAUUAAAGCCAACUAUCGCAUCUAGAAGAGGAUUGUUAACAGGAACUGCUCUGUUGCUGCUUGGAAUCUAUCAGACUGUGAUGCUGUCUGGGUGGUGUUACAGUGCUGCUACUGCUGCUUGA